GUAAUAGUGAUACAUAAAUUGGGGAAAUUUUCGAAAUUAAAUAUGUUAACAAUUUGCAAAAAGCGAGUGGCCACAAGCUGAGGAUCACUGGUCAGCGAGUGAGUGAUUGAGUGUUGUGGUGACGGAAGCUAUGGUUUGUGCAAUUUCACCACCGUUUUCAGCUCUCUCUCUUCAACGUCUCAGCGUGCGCAAUGCGACAUCUUACUCAAGUAAGCCGCAGAAGAUAACUAACAAGCCAGUAACGGCCUUACCGGGUGCCGUUCCCUCGGGGCGGAGGCAGCUGCUUUUGUUACUGACGGCGUCUGCGGGAUUGGCGGCAAAGGAAGCGGUUGCGGAGGAUAUUCCACUGUUCGGGAUACGGAAGAGUUUGAAGAGGGUGGAGGAAGAGGCCGAGGAGAUCGUGAGGGAAGGAUUUGAAGCCGCGGACAAGGGCCUCGAGUCAGCAGAGAAGGGGCUGGAGACGGCGGAGAGAGGGCUAGAGGCGGCGGAGAAGGGGAUAGAGACGGCGGAGAGGGAGAUAACGUCUGCAGUGAGCUUUGGGGAUUUGGCGCAGGCGGGAGUGGUGGCCGGAGCGGAGUUUUUGGGGGUUUUGGUUGCGACGGCAGUGGUGAACGGUAUUCUUGGGCCUGAAGCUCAAAAAUCAUCGUGACUCGUUGGUGCGAAUUCGCGUUACAAUUGCUGAAUAUAUUUGUCUUGUGUUAAUACUUAAUAUUGUCAUUAUUGAUGUAUAUCAUGUUUGUUUUUUAAUUUUAAUCAUUGUUGUAGCAUCUGAUCGUAUUAUUUGGAGAUAUUGGCGUUGUAAGAUAUCCGAGAAACUACUUAUACUCGCUGCUUGUUUGUAACGUAUAAUCCCAUCAGAAAUUUAGAAUGGAGAGUUAAAUGACUGCUUCUGUCACCCAAAAUAAA